AUGUUAUCUUUGCAACUAGCUCAUCAGCUAGUAGAUAAAAAUGUCCUUUUAGUUGGUGCUGGAGAUGUGGCAAUGACACGGAUUCCAAAGCUGUUGCCCACAGGUUGCAAGUUGACGAUUAUAGCACCGGAAAUUCAUGAAGACAUGUGGGAAUACAUUGACGUGGAAAAGAAAUCGAAUCAGACGGAGUUCAUUGAUCACGCUUGGGAUUCUAACAAGAAUAAAAUCUAUCAGAUCAUACAAAGAGGUUUUGAAAACAAAGAUAUUGUACUAUUUGGAACAGGAUUAAGCCAUCAGGAGAAAAUUGACGAGUUCUUUACUGGUAAGUUAAAAUUGGGGGAUUGUUUAGAUAUGCGCGAUUCCAAUCCUGGCUGGCAUUUGAUCAUGACUUGUAUUCCAAACCCAGUUUUGAGCGAAUAUAUAUAUCAAGGCGCUAAACUUGUCCUAGGCAAAAAUGUGCUAUGCAAUGUCGCGGACAAUCCUCCAUUGUGUGAUUUUUAUUUUGGUAGUAACGUAAUCUUGGGCGAUGGAGAAGGGAACAAGCCAAUUCAAAUUCUUAUUUCCUCCAAUGGAAAUUCACCCAGGUUUACGUCGCUUCUAAAACAAGAAAUCCAGGAUCAAUAUGGAAAUUUACCGAUUGGAAAAAGUGUGAGUAAACUCGGCAAGUUGAGAUCUCAAAUCCGUCAAAAUUCAGAACAAAACUGUCCUUCAGAUUUGAGCCAAUUGGAAUUAAUCAAAUAUCGAAUGGAAUGGAUACGAAAUUGUACAGAUGCAUUUGGAGUUGCACAUUGUCAUGAGAUUAAUAUAGAUAAGACUUUGAAACUUUUUGACGAAAUGUUUGCAGAUUUAAGUUUGGAGCAGCCAGAGAAAAAAGUGUUCUUAGAAGAGUAUUUAGAAAAUAGUAGUUGA